AUGGCACCCAAAAAGAAGACAAGCAAGGCAGGGAAGGACCUUGAGAUCAAGAAGAAGAAAGGGGGCAAAAAGGACACCAACGUAACCAGCACAGAAACGGCCCUUGACCCCGAGACCCGGGAAUUCUACUACAUCCAGAUCCGAGAACUGGAGGACAGGCUGGCCCGGUACCAGCGUAAGUGGGAUGAGUUGUCUGUUCAGAAGAAGUUUUUCCGCCAGGAGUUUGAGCAGCUGGCCAACAACAAGGAGGAGAUUGUGGCCUUCCUGAAGCGCACACUUAACCAGCAAGUGGAUGAGAUCACUGAGCUCAAUGAGCAGCUCCAGAGCCUGCAAAUGGCCAGGGAGAUGGAGAAGGAUGCCUUCGAGGCCCAACUGGCCCAGGUGCGCCACGAGUUCCAGGAGACCAAGGACCAGCUCACCACAGAGAACAUCAUCCUUGGAGGAAAGCUGGCAGCGCUGGAGGAGUUCCGGCUGCAGAAAGAAGAGCUCACAGAUAAGCUCCUGUCCUUGGAGGGCCAGCUGCAGAAGCAAGAGGACAAGCACAAGGACUAUGUGUACAACCUAGAGAAGAAGUCUGUGCUGGACAAGGACAGACUAAAGAAGGAGAUUAUCCAGCGUGUGAACCUGGUGGCCACCGAGUUCCGCAAGGUGGCCAACAACCAGAUGUGGGAGACCACAAAGCGCGCCAUCCAGGAGAACCGCAUAGUGUCCCUGCAGAUGGCCAAGCUCUCCCGGCAAGGUGUACAGCUGCUGCAGGAGAAUGAAAUGCUCCAGGGCAUGCAGGGCCAGCUGUGCCAACAAGUGGAGCUGCUGGAGAACACCCAGAAUGCCAUGGCCUCAAGCAGCAGGAUUCAUCAGCAGCUCAUUCUCCUGCUGACUGAGAAGUGCCAACAACAGCAGCAAGACACAGUGGAGGUGAAGCAGCUUUACAAGGUGCUGAGCCACUUGAAACAGAACCUUCAACAACUGCGGAAGGACAAUCAGGAACUGAGAAGCCAGAAAGAACAGCUGAAUCUACAACUGGAACAGGAGCAGGCCAAGGUGCAACAGCUGCUGCAGGAUCUGACUGAAGAGCAAAAGAUUCGGGCCAGCCUGAAGUUGACUCUGACCCGGGCUGCCUCUUUCCUACAGGGCAUCCUGCAGAUGCAUUCAGAAGAACAGGAAUACGGGGACUUUGAUGUGGUCUUCCAGCUGCGGUGCAAAGAGAUGAUGCAGCAGCUGUUGGCCAUGCUCAGCUCGACCAUAGCACUGUGUCCCCAGACGGCUGUGUCCCCCCAUCCAAAGACCCAUCACCAAGGCCCAAACAAGGAGACCCUAGCCAGUGACCAGCUGCCCAGGAUAGAGCCUCAGCUACAGCAGGUGUUUGACAUCACAGCCUACCAGCCAGGAGACCUGGGCCUGGUACCACGCCAGUCCAAUAUUCCACCCAACCCCCAGGACCUCAGGCUGCUCUCCCAUGUCACUCGUACAGGAAAGCUCCGAAUAUACAGCAACCCUGAGGUGAGAGUACCAGGGGCUCUAAGGGCAGCAAAGCUCAAAAGGUUUAGUCUUCCUGAAGCUUUCCUGCAUCUCAAAUAG